AUGAAAUCUGGGAUGAUGUACAGUCAUGAGUGUGUGACGGGCUUCCAGUGCUCUGGGAGUGAAGCUCAUCUGGGGAACUGCAGCUCUCCACAAACUCUCAACUGCAGCUCCACACAACAGCUGUACAUCACCUGCCUUGGUGGUGGGUCCAUCAGGCUGGUGGGUUCUGGGGGAGACUGUGCAGGGAGGCUGGAGGUUUUUCACAGCGGCUCAUGGGGGACAGUGUGUGAUGACUCCUGGGAUAUUAAAGAUGCCCAUGUGGUGUGCAGACAGCUGCAGUGUGGAGUGGCCCUCAGUAACCAGCAGGUACCAGCCUGGUUUGGUCCUGGUUCUGGACACAUAUGGCUGGAUGAGGUGGAGUGUGAGGGGAAUGAGACGUCCCUGUGGAGCUGCUCUUCUUCAGGCUGGGGAAAACAUGACUGUAAUCACAAGGAGGAUGUAGGAGUCCUGUGCUCAGAGUAUAAAGAGAUCAGGUUAACUGAGGGCUGUGACGGGAAUGUGGAGGUUUUCUACAAUGGAUCCUGGGGUAAUGUGUGUUUAAACCAGAUGGACAGAGACACAGUGAGUCUGAUCUGUCAAGAGCUGAACUGUGGAAGAUCUGGUGUUUUGUCUGAUUCUACAUCAAGAGUGAAAUCAGCUCCUAACUGGCUGGAUAAAGUUACAUGUCGACCACAUGAUUCCUCUUUAUGGCAGUGUCCAUCUUUACCCUGGGGACAGAAUAACUGUGGUGACGAUGAAGUGGCCAAAAUCAUCUGCUCAGAACAUGAGAUCCCGGAGUCUCCUCGAAGCUCUCUGAAAUGCUUCACAUCUCCCCAUCAGAGACAGUGUCCAGGUAAGUUCAUUUAA